AUGCGGUUGGACGUAAAGACGACAGGUGUUCUGGGAGCUGGCUGGAUCUGCUUGACGGAGAUGACCUUCCACCCCCCACAGCAGCCGAACAGGGCAUUGGAAUUGCGCGAGACAAUUGUGGUGGGCAAGAUGUCCACAAGCACUGCUAACUCGUCGUUUCAAAUUCAGAGACAGCUGUUUGCCCGCAGCGAGCGUGUGAAGGGCAUCGACUUCCAUCCUGUGGAGCCAUGGAUUCUGACUACCCUCUACAGCGGGCAUGCGAACAUCUGGUCCUACGAGACAGGAGUAGUAGUGAAGAGCUUUGAACUGACAGAUGUCCCUGUGCGAGCUGGCCGAUUCAUUGCCCGGAAGAACUGGAUUGUCUGCGGCUCGGAUGAUUUCCAGCUCCGAGUCUACAACUACAAUACCUCUGAGAAGAUCACAUCCUUCGAAGCCCACCCGGAUUACAUUCGAGCGAUCGUCGUACACCCUACUCAACCUUUUGUCCUUACCGCCUCCGAUGACAUGACUAUCAAGCUGUGGGAUUGGGACAAGGGAUGGAAGUGCGUGCAAGUUUUCGAGGGUCACAGCCACUAUGUCAUGGGUCUGGCCAUCAAUCCCAAAGACACGAACACCUUUGCCUCGGCAUGUUUGGAUAGGACGGUCAAGAUCUGGAGUCUGGGCUCUUCCACUGCCAACUUUACAUUGGAAGCACAUGAGCAAAAGGGUGUCAACCAUGUCGACUACUACCCUCAAUCCGACAAGCCAUACCUUCUGACAACCUCAGACGAUCGAACUGUUAAGAUCUGGGACUACACCACCAAAUCAUUGAUUGCCACUUUGGAGGGCCACACCAGCAAUGUCUCCUUUGCGUGCUACCACCCGGAGCUCCCAGUCAUCAUUUCUGGAUCCGAAGACGGGACUGUCAAGAUUUGGCAUGCCAAUACAUACCGACUGGAGCAAUCCCUGAACUAUGGUCUGGAGAGAGCUUGGUGUGUCAGCUACCAACGAGGCAAGCAAGGCGUGGCUGUUGGGUUUGAUGAGGGGGCCGUUGUGGUGAAGAUGGGUCGCGAGGAACCUGCGGUGUCGAUGGAUGGAUCUGGAAAGUUGAUCUGGGCAAGACACAGCGAGGUCGUUUCAUCGAUCAUCAAGGGUGGAGAUGCUUCCUUGAAAGACAACGAGCCCAUUUCCCUUCCUACGAAAGAUCUCGGCACCUGCGAAGUCUACCCACAGACUCUCCUCCACUCUGCUAACGGUCGGUUUGUUUCUGUCUGCGGCGAUGGAGAAUUCAUCAUCUACACUGCGCUCGCAUGGAGAAAUAAGGCGUUCGGCUCGGCGUUGGAUUUUGUUUGGGGUCCGAAGGAAAACAGCAACGACUAUGCGAUCCGCGAAUCUGCCACAAGUGUGAAAAUCUUCAAAAACUUUGUCGAGAAGGCUGGGGGCUUGGAUGUCGGCUUCCAAGCCGAGGGCCUCACUGGCGGUAUUCUUCUCGGGGUCAAGGGCCAAGGUGGGGUUGCUUUCUACGAUUGGCAAACGGGAGGCUUGGUCCGGAGGAUUGAGGUCGACCCGAUCCAGGUAUACUGGUCCGAGAACGGAGAGCUCGUCUCGAUUGCAUGCGAAGAUAGCUUCUACGUCUUGCGAUUUUCGAGAGAGGACUACCUGGCCGCUGUUCAGUCAGGGGAAGUCGACGACGAUGGAGUUGAGGCAGCCUUCGAGGUCGUCACCGAUAUCAACGAGAGUGUUCGAACCGGAGAGUGGGUUGGGGAUUGCUUUAUUUACACCAAUAGUACGAAUCGACUCAACUACCUGGUCGGUGACCAAACAUACACCAUUUCCCACUUCGAUCAACCCAUGUACCUUCUUGGAUAUAUUCAACGAGACUCCCGGAUAUACCUGGCUGAUAAGGAUGUCAAUGUCACCUCCUUCUCCCUCUCGCUCGCCGUCGUCGAGUACCAGACCCUUGUACUCCGUGACGAUAUGGAGACGGCAGCCGAACUGCUACCAACCAUCCCCACAGACCAACUUAACAAGAUUGCGCGGUUCCUGGAAGGCCAAGGUCACAAGGAACUUGCUCUUGAGGUUGCCACCGAUCCCGAGCACAAAUUCGAUCUUGCUCUUGCACUCGGCCAUCUUCAGAUUGCUCUCGAACUCGCCAAAGAGGCCGAUGUCGAGCACAAGUGGAAGACGGUUGGUGACGCUGCUCUUGCUGGCUGGGAUGUUUCUCUCGCGGCUGAGUGCUUCACAAACGCAAAGGAUCUUGGCUCGCUGCUCCUCCUCCACUCUUCCACGGGUGACCGUGACGGUCUGCGUGCUUUAAGUGGGCAGGCCCAAUCGGUUGGAGCUCAUAAUGUCGCCUUUACUUGUUUGUGGCAGUUGGCAGACGUCGAAGGUUGCAUAGACCUCUUGACCAAGACUGGUCGAACCGCAGAAGCAGUACUGUUCGCCCAGACCUACAAGCCCAGCGUGGCUCCCAAGACCGUUGCUCUGUGGAAGCAGUCGUUGGAGAAAGAAAAGAAGGGGCGUGUCGCGAAGACCGUCGGGGUGCCUGGCGAAGACAACGAGCUGUUCCCCGAAUGGGACGAGUAUUUAAGGCUAGAGACCGAAGGUGGCAGUUUGAUCGAUGUCAAUGGAGACGAAGAGGUCAACGGUGAGGCUUCGGAUCCUGAAGCCGCCGAGGGAGAGGAAGAAGAAGAAGAGGUUGAAGCGUAA